AUGCGGCGCACUUCAUUGACUUCAGUUUCUGGUGUCACGCGAGCCCUGGUUUUUAUGAAUUGCACGUAUGACUUCACGGAAAGUCAGUAUGCCAACCAGAUCGCCGUACUCCAUCACGACCAGAGAACCUAUGUCUUUCUCUUCCAUGACGCUGACGGCUUCGGUGAUAGGGAUAUCAGGUGUGAUCGUGAAAAGGAUAUUACCUUUCACUUGAAGUAUCUCUGA